AUGGGGAUCGAAGAUGCCGUGCAUGGGUCAAAGACAGUAGUAACUCCUGGAAAAGCUACUAUUCUUGCUCUGGGCAAGGCCUUUCCCCCCCAGCUUGUCAUGCAAGAGUUCCUAGUGGAUGGAUAUUUCAGAAACACCAACUGCGAUGACCCGGACCUCAAGCAGAAGCUGACUCGACUCUGCAAAACGACCACGGUGAAAACAAGAUAUGUGGUAAUGUCGGAAGAGAUCCUAAAUCAGUACCCUGAGCUCGUGGUUGAAGGCCUUCCUACCGUGAAGCAACGGCUGGACAUCUGCAAUCCAGCGGUAACAGAGAUGGCCAUCGAAGCUGCGCAAUCAUGCAUCAAGAAUUGGGGAAGGCCUAUUUCGGAUAUCACGCACUUAGUAUACGUUUCUUCAAGUGAAGUUAGACUGCCUGGCGGUGAUCUAUACCUAGCAAAAGGACUCGGGCUUCGACCUGAAACUCAGAGAGUUAUGCUCAACUUUUCUGGCUGUUCUGGAGGGGUGGCUGGCAUUCGGGUAGCCAAGGACAUUGCUGAGAACAAUCCAGGGAGCAGAGUAUUGCUGGCUACUUCUGAGACUACCAUUAUUGGAUUCAGACCACCUAGUGCUGAAAGACCCUACGAUUUAGUCGGCGUUGCACUCUUUGGCGAUGGUGCUGGAGCUAUGAUAGUCGGCUCAAGUCCUGAACCAUCCAUAGAGAGGCCUCUGUUCGAGUUGCAUACCUCAAUGCAGCAUUUCUUGCCUGACACGGAGAAAAUCAUUGACGGAAGGCUUACAGAAGAGGGUAUCAGCUUCAAGUUAGGCAGGGAACUUCCUCAAAUAAUUGAGGACAAUAUCGAAGGAUUUUGCGCUAGAUUGAUGGAGGUUGCUGGAUACUCUGAGAAGGACUAUAACAAGAUGUUUUGGGCUGUCCAUCCUGGUGGCCCUGCUAUUCUGAACAGAAUGGAGAAGAAGCUGGAUUUGCUGCCGGAGAAAUUGAAUGCCAGUAGAAGGGCUUUAGCAGAUUUUGGAAAUGCUAGCAGUAAUACAAUUGUUUAUGUGCUGGAAUACAUGUUAGAAGAGAAUAAAAUUGCAAGAAAGGAGGAUCAGAAAGGAAACGAGGAGUGGGGACUAAUAUUGGCAUUUGGCCCUGGAAUUACUUUCGAAGGCAUUCUUACAAGAACUCUUGCAGUCUGA